AUGUCGCUGGCAGCGGUGGUUCCGGCGGGGUCACUUCGGACUCGGCUCCGCCCACUACGGAAAGGCAGCUACGGCGGCCCGUCAGGGCCCGGCUUUCCCCGACCGCGAACGGGCCGGGGCGCGGGUGACGGCACCCGGCUGCGGGCGAACCCAAGCCCUGCCCUCCCCGAGGCUCCGCCUCUGCGCCGCCUGUUGCUAGGCAGCAGGAAAGCACCGGCUCAGCGUGGGAGGCACGCGGCGACGCGAGGAAGGAGGUGCCGGAAGUCAGUCUUCACCGCUGCCGCCAUUGGGCGCUCGGAGUGUGGGACCGGAAUCGUGUUCUCCGCUGCCGCCCGGCGGGGGCGCUCUGCGGUCCUCAGGCAGCAUCUAAAGCUUGGCAGCCGUAAGCCGCCCACCUCAGGGCCUGGAUUUACCUCACAAAGGUUUUCAGAUUUUCAAAUUAAUGAAGAUAUGUCAGCUCAAAUGAUACAGAGAGCUUGGUUAGCUCACGUGGACAAAGUAAUAUUUCAACUGCUAAAACACACAAUUUGUGCAGCGGAACAUUGUGUGACACAUGAAAUACUGAAGAAAGUGAGCCCUUUAGAGGCUGAGCUUGUUAAAGAUCCUGGCAUGAAGUGUAAGGUCAGAUUCAGAUUUAGUGGUGAGAUAUUUCCACCUUUCAUCGUGUUUAAAAUUUUUCUUCAUACCGAAGGUCAUGGUUACAAGUAUUUUAGUGGAAAAAAAAUAUUAAAGCCAUCAAGUGAGGCAGUGGUUGAUGCUUGCAAAAAUGGGGAAAAGAAAUUUUACGGCCAAAUUAUGGAAGAUGAAUGUCUUUUCCAGAGAUUCAAAAUAAGUGAUGAAAUAGAUAUUGUCAUGCAAGAUUACAUGCAAUAUUCUAGUCUACUGGAUGAGACCCCUGCACGUUCUGGUGGCAGAAAUAACUACUGGAGAAGACUAAGCCUGGAAAACAUUCCCAGGACAAUGAUAAUGUAUGACAUAGUCAAUUAUGCAGAGUCUGGAAUAAUCUCAAGCCGACUACAAAAAGAACUGAAGUAUCUAUUACAGAAACCACGAACAGAAGAGAUGCGUCGGCAUCAGCUACGGAUUGUUUCUGAAGUUAGGUGUCCUUCACCCUCGUCAAUUACCUCUCCUUUAUAUCGGCCCUACAAACAAAAAAGUCAGAUUAAACAUCUGGGUCGUCGAUCCAAGAAAGCUCUUUUGAAAGUUGAAAAAAUGAGAAAUGCUUAUAAGAUGGAUAAAGAAAAAAAUGCUUCAGUGAUGACAGAACCACAAAAGGACACAUCAAGUACAAAGCAACAGGCAAUCAUCAUCUCCACCCCAGAUUUUGACAUUGUGAAAGUUCAAGAACCCAUGUCGGAUGAGGAAAUGGAAAAAGAACAAAAGGAAUUAUUUGCCUGGUCUCAAGAGUUAUGUAUGAAUAAUCCUCCAACCUUUUAAUGCAUAGCUCAUUGACAAAAUAGCAAAGUUAUUUAACAAUCUGCUUGUCUAUCUAUAAGUGAUCACUGUGAGUAUUAAAAGAAAAUAAAACAUAAACAGGCCCCUCAGUAUGCUCUCCUAACCAAAUAUGUGAGAGAUUAAGUCUUUUUUGCAUUACCAUAGGUACAAAUAUUUUUUACUGACAGAAUUUC